AUGAGAAAUAUCGAAUCCGUGCCGAGAACCUCCAACAACUUUUCGAUCCACCACUAUCACAUCUGCUCUCUGUCCCGAGAAAGAGCGGAAACUGACGAAUCUCUAUGUGCGCCACCUCCAACCAACAUAACUGAUGUCGUACCGACCGCAACUCCACAGCUACCGAUCAUAAAUACCAGCCACCAUCCAAUUCCACCGCGAUUUCCUCCGACGCUCCGACCGCGCUACUCCGUCGCGUUACCACUCACCGGUAAUCACCAUAUUCUCUAUGUUUUUUCAUGUUGUGUGUAUAGCUAUGUGUGGUUUGUAAUUGCUCUGUUAAAUUUUUGUUUUUUGUUUGAGUGGAGAUGGAUCCAGACCUCUAUGACUCGGUCUGGCCCAACGGCCUUUUUUAUACUUUUUUAUUUAUUUUUUGUGUGGUUUAAUCUUAUUUAUUUUUUUAUAUAUCUUGGGACCUAA